CACCAAGACCUUAAAAACUCCAAGAGCAUGGCCCGCAUUGCGGUGUUCUUGCUGGUGGCGCUGUUCUCCUUAGACGUGCAUCUCACGCAGUCCGCGUCGUGCCGAUCAUGCCCGCCGACAAAGCCUUCCCAGCCUCCAACGUGUAAGCACAAGUCUUCACCAUCGUCCAUACCCUGCCUUCCACCUUCACAAACUCCCAUGCCCUCACCAACACCCACACUCACCCCGGUGACUCCGACGCCGGCACCGACCCCGACUGUCUUCAUCCCUCCACCUACAAACACUCCGGCACCCACGCCCAUACCGACCUCUGUAACUCCAACAUCGGCACCGACCCCUAUGAUGCCUCCAAUACCAACCCCUAUAACUCCGAAGCCGGUACCAGCUCCUCUCUCUCCAACACCAACACCGGUGGCCCCAACACCUACACUCGUGAUGCCGCCAACACAGACGCAUGUGACACCAACGCCGGCACCGACCCCUGUUUCUCCAACGCCAAACCCGGUGGCCCCAACACCUACCCCUGUGAUGCCACCAACACCGACGCCGGCAUCGACCCCUUUCUCUCCAACGCCAAGUCCGGUGGCCCCAACACCGACCCAUGUGGUUCCGAUGCCAGCACCAACGCCAACCCCGGUGGCCCCAACACCGACUCCUAUGAUGCCGCCACCACCGACCCCUGUGACUCCGAUGCCAGCACCAACCCCUGUCUCUCCAACGCCAAUCCCGGUGGCCCCAAUAUCGACCCCCGUGAUGCCGCCAGCACCCACCCGUGUGACUCCGACGCCACCCCCAGCCCCGGCCACAGCGCCGGCUACAUCGACCGGCAAGUGCCCCGUGGACACACUAAAGCUGCGUGCGUGCGUGGACGUGCUCAAUGGGCUGUUGCACACGGUGAUAGGCAGUAGCGCCAGCAAUACAUGCUGCCCGCUGCUGUCCGGCGUUGCCGACCUCGACGCUGCUCUCUGCCUUUGCACCACCAUCAAGGUCAAGGCUCUCAACAUCAACCUCAUGCUGCCCAUCGCCAUCGAGGUGCUCGUCAACCAGUGCGGCAAGAGAGUGCCGAAAGACUUCCGCUGCCCUAAUUAAGCUCCAUCGAUUACUAUAUGUACUAUCAGUAUCACCUGCAUAUGAAUGCGAUACAUGCAUUAAAUUCUCUUGUGUGGUCACACAGGUGACAUAUCGAAGUGUAAUAAUCUAUAUGUACAUGGAUUUGCAGCUCUGACUCGCUACUUGUGACGGGGAGCUGUGGAGCAUGCAUACAUUGUCUUUGUGUAACAGCGUAUCAUAUAGUAACCGUAUAACAUGUUACCAAUUGUGGUCUUCCA